CAUGUCACUCAGUUUUACUGUCAGAUUGAAUCAAGAAUAUUUUGUCAUUGUUGUUUAUACAUGUAAAGAAUGUUGCGAGUGGUGUCACAACGUGUGGGAUUUCACCCGCCACUCCACAGCCCCGUGCGCAGCGUGUAUGGGAGAAGCAGGAUAGGUACUCGGGAGAUCGUGGGUCACGGGCCGAACGGUUGUGCCACCUAUAGGGAUUCUGCUAUAGACCCGUUCCCAGCGGUGCGGUUUAAGGAGAAUACAAAGGAUAUAUGUGCUCUCCGAGAGAAAGAACGGGGUGAUUGGCGAAUGUUGUGCUGCGAGGAGAAGAAGGCUCUGUAUCGCGCGUCGUUCUGCCAGACGUUCGCGGAGUUCCAGCACCCGACCGGGAGCUGGAAGUUCUGCGUGGGCGUCGCACUGAUAUGCCUCUCCUUCGCCUUCUGGAUGUCCAUGUUCCAACACCAUUUCGUAACGGAACCAUUGCCGCUCUCCUUCUCGAAGGAGUCGCAGAUGGCCCAAUUGAGGAGAAUGUUGGAGCUCCGGGUGAACCCGAUUGACGGACUGUCCUCCAAGUGGGACUACGACAAUGAUCGAUGGAAGUAAUAAAUUACAAGUAUUGGAUUUCAUCCACUGGGACUAUUGGAUUAGAAGAUGUUACCUACUCCUUAUUUAUUAGAAUUGACGUUACGUUUAACUCGUGUUUAUUUGCAUAUUUAAAUAAAUAAGAAAUUGCAAUUUG